ACCCACACUGUAACUGUACAACUGGUAUGUGUGAUGCAUUUUCCAUAGGUACAUAUUAUGUUUACCCAUUCAACAUAGAGUAUCAUAUUUUAGCUUCUGCAAUGUUGUAUGUCCUGUGGAAGAAUAUUGGGCGCAGCAUCAAACAUCGCCAUCAUAAAACUAAUCUAAAAUUUCAAGGUGUGGUUGUCGGGGUUAUUUUUGGACUCAUUGUCCUGGCUGUAACAAUCGGAGUUGUUGUCCUUUAUUUGCUCAACAUCGGACGCUCAAAGCAAAGUAGCGAGGCGGCAUUAACUGUUUACUACUUGUAUUCUGUUGUGGUGCUGAGUGGAAUGUGCAUAGCUGCAGUUGUUGGUCUCAUCCUUCACAGACUGGACAGACAUCCUGCAGUAGUGGAGAAAAGUCCAUCCUUAAAACUGGAUGAAGAGCUAUUAGUCGGUUCGGCCUGCGGCUCUUGGAUCACAUCAUGGGGAUCUAUUUUGGCAGUCAUUUACGCUGAAAGUCACCCAACCUAUACUUGGUAUAAUUUACCUUAUUCUAUUUUAGUCCUGAUUGAAAAGUACAUCCAAAACCUUUUCAUAAUUACAUACAUACACCGCAAGGAUGAGAAAAUAUGUACUGAUACAAUUCCCAAUAUAUAUAUGAAGCAACCUCAACUUGCAUCAUCUGAUGACAAUAAUCAUGUAGGACCGUGUGGCGGACCAGAUGUGCGAGAGAAUGGUUCUUUAUCUAAUAAUAAUAAUGUUGACAAAAAAGAAAAAGAAGAAAAUAAUUCAAUUCCUGCUUUUGAUCACAUGCCAAGCAACAAUACAAAUCCAGGGAAUGGUGGAUUAAAGAAACAAGUGCUAAGAAACAUUACAGUUGCCCUAUUCAUCAGCAAUAUCUCGCUGUGGAUCCCACCAGCUUUUGGUUGUCGUCCACAAUAUGAUAAUGGAUUGGAAGCUGUUGUUUUCGGCUUAAUUCCAUGGAUUUUUAUUAUUGAUAUUGCACUCCCAUUUUCCAUAUUCUACAGAAUGCACUCUGCCUAUUCGCUUUUUGAUGUGUACUGCAAAAUAUGAACAUUUUCAAUAGUGAUUAUCCACUAAAACAAAGAUAAGGUCGAUUACAUCAACGAACAACCUAAUAUCUCCUGAACAAUUGGACAUUUUAUAUUUUCUGUAGAUGUGAUGUGUUUAAUUAAUUUUACAUUUCUUAAUUCUAGGAUAUAUUUGAUUUUUAUAUUUCUAAGAAAUCUUA